AUGGAGGUGCCCAACGCCAAGCAGCUCCAGCGAGCUGCCUGCCUCUUGCUCCUGCUCCUGCUCUGCUCCCUGGCUGCUGCCCGGCAGAGCCUGCCCGAGUGCUGCCAGCAGAAGACCUGCUCCUGCCGCCUCUACGACCUCCUGCACGGCAUGGGCAACCACGCUGCCGGCAUCCUUACGCUGGGCAAAAGGAAGAGCAUCCCCACAGCCUUCCAGAGCCGGCUCUACCGCCUACUGCACAGCUCUGGCAACCACGCUGCGGGCAUCCUCACCAUGGGCAAGCGUGGGGAGCACCCUGGCACUGCCUGCCGUGACGCAUCAGGCUGCCCUGUGGGGACAGAUGCCCAGCCAACACCAGUGCUGCAGGGUGCAGUUGCCAGCUCUGCCAGCCCCAAGGAGUGCCAGGGACACUUAGGGAAGGACCUGACUUGGAAUGAGGCUCAGGGAGCUGUGAAGAGCUUUUACUGAGAUGAGUGGGGGCAGCGGGAGCAGAGGAGGGGAUCAUUUGGGGAUUGACUCCGGGGACACACACCCGGAGCUCGGUGUAAAUAGCACUUUUACAUACCUCUCCUGGCCCUGGCUGAGCCUGCUCAGGGCAGCGUAGGCACCGCUGGCCUUUUACAAUAAA